GGGGUCCUCUCCUUCCUUCUCUCACCCAGCCACCCGUCAGCCCCCCCUAGUCGCUUUUUGCUUGGCGUCCCUUCUUUGCGUGGCACAUGCUGCCACCUCCCCUGACCUUCUCUCAUUCACGCCGUCUCAUCCCUGGGGUGGAGAGUUGCACAGGGAAAACGAGUAGGUCCUCCCGGAACACCCCUUCGUCUCCCCCCCCCCCAUCCUUAUCUUUGCAUACUGUCUUCUCCCUGCGAAUGAAAGAUGGAUGGAUUGAGGCUUCUGGCAUGGAUAUAACGGCUUAGGGCCUUACAGGCCCCUGUUACGGGACCUUGGUGGGCGGGGAGGUGGAGGUGGUUAGUGUUGGCUGCUGAUCUGUUAUCCCCACUCGCCCGUUAUUUUGCUGCGACACAGAGAUUGCGGGGGGGGGGGGGCGGAAUCGUCGAAGCGGAUCAAAUCUGUAGUAAAUCUGACGCAAUAGUGUAUCUUUGAUACCGAGGGGCGUUUUGUGGGAGACUCCCAUGAUGACAUUCAACAGUGUGCAAGAAACUUAGAUUUUUUAAUGUAAUAAUAGUAACAAGCAUUUAUUGAGUGCACACUACAUGCCAGGCACUGUAUUGAGAUCUUAACAUGAAUUCUGUAAUUUUAUUCUUACAACUCCAUAAGGUAAAUGAUGUCAUCAUCUGAGUUUUGCAGAUGAAGAAACUGAGGUACAAGUGGUGAGUGCCCGAGUGAGGAUCUGAACCCAGGUGUCUCUCUUAAAUACGAGCCUUUGAUGGUUUAAUAAGAACCAUCUUUUCAACAGAAACCAGAGGCGGCCUCACAUUAUAUUUGUUCAUCCUGAAGUGAUGUGCUUUGUUCUGUUUUAACUAAAGAGCUCAACACCUUUUUAACGUUAAGUCCAUUGUUAGGUCUAACAUUUGGAGCCAGCCAGAUUGGACUUUUUGCUCUGCUACUUACUGUCCAAAUGACCCAAGGCACUUUGCUAAAACCGCCCAGAGCCACAGUUGGCUCACCUGUGAAAUGAACAUUACAAUAGCUACUCUAUCGGUAGGUCCUUAUGAAGUUUAAAUUAGACAAAGUGUAUAAAAGUGUCUGGCAUGUAGCAAGCACUCAACACUCCCCUACCUUUAUUAAGUAAUUAGGCUUUUUCCUAAUAUACACACCGGAGACAUGUUCUAAAUUAUGUAAGACCAAAGCCAUUUUGCCUUGUAAAGCCCUCAAGAGUUCCGAAGAUGCCAUUAAGUCUAUGUGUUUGCAAAUUUUUAUUUUAUUUUUUUGUUUUUUGUUUUGUUUUGUUAUUGUUUUUUAGUUUGCCUCAUGUGUACCAGAAUCAGUGCUGCGUAGUUUGACCCUGAUAGGAUUGACUUUACAAAUGAGACAUUUUAAGUCACGUCUGCCAAGAGGUGUCAUUUGAAUGAAACUGUAACUUAUACAAGUUUUCAGGUAUUUUUAACCUGAGUUAUCAGCUGUCUGCAGUUAUUCAUAACCUGAGGGGUGGAUGGCCCUGAAGGGGAGGGAUAAGAACUGCGGAUCUUAGAUAUUCUGAGAACCCACUACUGUGAAAUCAUGUGCUGACAGCCCCAAAGGGAGCAUAAACCAGGGGCUCUGAUAUCAUGCAGCAGAAGAGCAAAUUAUUUCUCCAGGCUUUGAAGUAUAGUAUUCCUCGCCUUGGGAAAUGCAUGCAGAAACAGCACUUGAAUCACUAUAACUUCGCUGAUCAUUAUUACAAUAGAAUAAAAUUGAAAAAAUGUCACCUAACCAAGUGUCUGCAGGAUAAACCCACGAUAUCAGAGUUAGCAAGGAACAUCCCGAGUCGGAGCUUCUCAUGUAAGGAUUUUCUGCCUAUUAAACAAGAAAACAAAGACUCACUUUCAGAAAACAUGGAUGCAUUUGAAAAAGUGAGAACAAAAUUAGAAACACAGCCACAAGAAGAAUAUGAAAUCAUCAAUGCAGAGGUGAAGCAUGGUGGUUUUGUUUAUUAUCAAGAAGGUUGCUGCUUGGUUCGUUCCAAAGAUGAAGAAGCAGAUAAUGAUAAUUACGAAGUUUUAUUCAAUUUGGAGGAACUUAAAUUAGACCAGCCCUUCAUUGAUUGUAUCAGAGUUGCUCCUGAUGAAAAAUAUGUAGCUGCUAAGAUAAGAACUGAAGAUUCUGAAGCAUCUACCUGUAUAGUUGUGAAGCUAAGUGAUCAGCCUGUAAUGGAAGCCUCUUUCCCAAAUGUGUCCAGUUUUGAAUGGGUAAAGGAUGAAGAAGAGGAAGAUGUUUUAUUCUACACCUUCCAGAGGAACCUUCGCUGUCAUGAUGUGUAUCGAGCAACUUUUGGUGAUAACAAACGUAAUGAACGUUUUUACACAGAAAAGGACCCAAGCUAUUUUGUUUUCCUUUAUCUUACAAAAGACAGUCGUUUCCUCACCAUAAACAUUAUGAACAAGACUACUUCUGAAGUAUGGUUGAUAGAUGGCCUAAGCCCUUGGGACCCACCAGUACUUAUCCAGAAGCGAAUACAUGGCGUCCUUUACUACGUUGAACACAGAGAUGACGAAUUAUACAUUCUCACUAAUGUUGGCGAGCCUACAGAAUUCAAGCUCAUGAGAACAGCAGCUGAUACCCCUGCCAUUAUGAAUUGGGAUUUAUUUUUCACAAUGAAGAGAAAUACCAAAGUUGUAGACUUGGACAUGUUUAAGGACCACUGCGUUCUGUUCCUGAAGCACAGCAAUCUACUUUACGUUAAUGUGAUUGGUCUGGCUGAUGACUCGGUUCGGUCUCUGAAGCUUCCUCCUUGGGCCUGUGGAUUCAUAAUGGAUACAAAUUCAGACCCAAAGAACUGCCCCUUCCAGCUUUGCUCUCCAAUACGUCCCCCAAAAUACUACACAUACAAGUUUGCAGAAGGCAAACUGUUUGAGGAAACUGGGCACGAAGACCCAAUCACAAAGACUAGUCGUGUUUUACGUCUAGAAGCCAAAAGCAAGGAUGGAAAAUCAGUGCCAAUGACUAUUUUCCACAAAACGGAUUCUGAGGACUUGCAGAAGAAACCUCUCCUGGUACAUGUAUAUGGAGCUUAUGGAAUGGACUUAAAAAUGAAUUUCAGACCUGAAAGACGGGUGUUGGUGGAUGAUGGAUGGAUAUUAGCAUAUUGCCACGUUCGGGGUGGUGGUGAGUUAGGCCUCCAGUGGCACGCUGAUGGCCGUCUAACUAAAAAACUCAAUGGCCUUGCUGACUUAGAGGCUUGCAUUAAGACGCUUCAUGGCCAAGGCUUUUCUCAGCCAAGUCUAACAGCCUUGACUGCUUUCAGUGCUGGAGGGGUGCUUGUGGGAGCAUUGUGUAAUUCUAAUCCAGAGCUCCUAAGAGCUGUGACUUUGGAGGCACCUUUCUUGGAUGUUCUCAACACCAUGAUGGAUACUACACUUCCUCUGACAUUAGAAGAAUUAGAAGAAUGGGGGAAUCCUUCAUCUGAUGAAAAACACAAGAACUACAUAAAACGUUACUGUCCCUAUCAAAAUAUUAAACCACAGCAUUAUCCUUCCAUUCACAUCACAGCUUAUGAAAAUGAUGAGCGUGUACCUCUGAAAGGAAUUGUAAACUAUACUGACAAACUCAAGGAAGCCAUUAUGGAGCAUGCUAAGGACACUGGUGAAGGCUACCAGGCCCCCAAUGUUGUGUUAGAUAUUCAGCCUGGAGGCAAUCAUGUGAUUGAGGAUUCUCACAAAAAGAUUACAGCCCAAAUUAAAUUCUUGUACGAGGAACUUGGACUUGACAGCACCAGUGUUUUCGAGAAUCUUAAGAAAUACCUAAAAUUCUGAAACGCUGCAUUCCAUGGGAAUUGGAAACACACUGAAAUAUUUCAUAGUCUUAUUUCCAAUUGGGUAAGCAACAGUGAGAUUUUUUUUUAAGUUAGUAAUUUUUUAAAAUUUGCUUCUCCAUCCACAUUUUGUCUCGUGUAUAUCUCACUUGCUUCUACUGCUCUGUCCUUUGGCACACGUGCCCUUUAACCUAGGAAAGGGGUUUUCAAACCGUGCUCCUCAGAAGGACACGGAGGAUGGGGUGAAGGAAGGUUUGGUGACAACACAACUCUCCCAGCUCCCCCUUCAGAACAGCUCUGUUUCUGUCUGUCCGAACUAACAUUUCCUUUGAAAAGUUUACAAAUCAAGGUCCUGCCUCUUUGCUAAUGAACACUUUUAGACACGUCAGCAGUAAGUCCUCCAAUUUCUAUGUCUGUAUUUUAUGAAAAGAGGUAACAUUCUUCACAUUAGAAUUCAUUAGAUCUCUCUGAUAGUCCGGGGUCCUCAGGUGUCCCGAUCAUCUCUUACACUGAUGCUAGCUCAAUAAAGUUACAAGUUCCUGCAAGCGAUAGUUUUAUUAUUUUUAAAAAACAUUUGAGAACCUUUUCUAAAGCUGUUACAUUCACGUUGUAUUACCCAGCCGUCUGUGGUGCGUGAAGUUACUGCACAUGCUUAGGAGGGAACAGGACGUCAGUGUCUUCAUCUCUUUAACACAAGCUGUGCAGUAGGUUUAAUGUGCUGGAAUAGCACGCCCGAUUAGAAACAAAACAUCUGUCUCUGAAAGCUGUUUGGUGAUGAAGGAGAUUCUUCGUGUUGUAUUCAAGGACGAGGCCUUCUCCUUUGUCCAGUAAAAUGUCAUGCGUAUCAACUUCACCGCCCUUGUCGGCAAAACUGGUACUUAACCUUAUGCUUGCUCUUGUGGGAAUAUUGGGAACCAUUUCCUUUAGAUUUAGCGGUGAGGAUUCUCCAAAAUUCAGAACCACCAGAAAGACUCGGUCGAUGCCAUCCAGCUCUCUUGUGUACACGACAGAGUGGCUGUUAUUCCUCAGAUAGCAAAACCAGCCCCUGCUGAGGAGCAGCUCAUUGACAUGAAGCAAACUUAAUUCUUGAUAGAACUUCAGUGCUGAUCUGGGCUGAGUCUUUUGGACCUAUUUAAAAAAAAAAAAAAGAAAAAAUUAACUAUUCACUUCUCAAAUAGUUGUUAGCGUGUUUUUUUUGUUGUUGUUGUUGUUUUUUGUUUUUUGUUUUUUUUUAGUAGUCUUAGUAUCAAAUAAGGAACUUAUUUCCCAAAAAAGUUUGCUUCGGUUUUGCCCAUUAAAAUGACUACCAAAUUGUAAGUAUUGAUAGGUUGGUAAGAGUAGUUUAUUUAACUACCGAGAGAUACUGCAAAUGCAGGGAGUCAUUGGGUGCACAGCGUUCUGCUCGCAUUUUGGCCAGACGUUAUGAGAGACCAAAUUUGACUCCACUUUAGGUAUCUCAAAACAAUGUCCGUGUCUAAGUUACCUGGUGUUUAACUUGCCUAACUACAGUUCCUUUAUGCUACAUUGUAACUGGAAGAAAGGCUGCCACUGUGGCCAUGAACUGGGAGGGCUUCCCUGUUCUCUUUUGUAGAAUAGUUUGGAGGUCUCUUUAACUUCAGCAGACACGUGUUCCUUACGUAGCCAGUGGUGAACAGAAAGUUGCAAAAAAGGACACAAAGCAAAAUGCUGCCUACAGGGAAAGUUUAAAAAUUAUACUUCUUUAAUGUGUAUCCAUUAAAGAAGAUUGGGGUUUAUUUCACAGCUAUAUAGAGCAUAUAUAAUUUAAUUUCAAGCGCCUUCUCCUGUGAUUAUGUUAAAAUGUCAUUUUAAUAACAGGAUAAUGUUUGGUUGAAUGGAUAUACCAAAUUUAAAACCAUCCCUGUCAUUUCAGCAUUCAGCUUUCUAAUAUUUUCUCAUAUUUGUAGUGCCUCUCCCAUAUCUGGAUUAUUUAUUUAGGAUAGAAAGACCAUUACUAUGUCAGAGAGUAUGGAUACUUGAUACAUAAUGCCAAAUUAGUCUUCAUAAGAGCUGUUGCCAAAUCAGUGGUGAUGUUCAUUUCCGUGGACUCUUGCCAGCCAUGUUGACUGCGGCGGUGGUGGCUGUCAUUGCUGUUAUCAUUGUUGUUACUGCGGGGCAGGUGCCUAAUGUGUGGUCUUCAGUGAACAUCUACUGAAUGUUUGAAAAAUGUUUAUUCUCUGUUAUCAGGCACAAAGGUAUUUAUGGUACAUGUAUAUGGUAUAUGUAUAUGACUUGUCAAAUUACUAUUAACAUUUUCUAUAGCCUUAGAUGAUGCAUGGAAAAGCAUAGUUCGGUGCCACUCACAUAAGAAGUGCCCAGUAAGUGUUAACUAUUAUCUGUGUCUACUUUCUAGAAGUAUGUUGAAGUGUCUCUCUGUAAUUGUGGAUUUGUCAGUUUCUCUUGGCAUUUCUCAUAGUACUUGUUUUAUAUAUUUGGACGCUAUUGUUAGAUGCAUAGAUCAUGACUUGUAGUGGAAUGUUCUUUAACAGUUUUUGAAAAUUACAUUGGUCUCAUAAUGCUUUCAUAUUGAAUUCUAUUUUGUCUGCUAUUAAAUAUUUCCACACCUGC